GGCUCCUUUAGGAUGUCAUUGACAGAUUUUCCAGACCCUGAAUUCCUACCAUCAACUAGGAACCUAAACGACGAACUAAGCUUCGUACGACUCAUUUUGAUUAGAAUUCCCAGCUCCUGAAGCGAAACGGUAUCCUUCCCUGCUAUUAAACGAAGUCCUCCUCCGUACCUCCUCCCAAUAGCCUCUCUCUCUCUCUCUCUCUCUCUCUCUCUCUCUUUCUGCGCAAGCUCUCUUUGUUCAGAAGGGACACGUCAAGUCUGAAGCAGAGGGGAAAAGUGAAUACCUGCAGAGAAGCAGAGAGAAAUGGAGGCCAUUACUGGAGAAGUGAGAAGAAUUAAAGUCCUUUACUUCCUCAGGCAUGGCCGUGGGACUGGGGACGGGGUUGAGCAGCCUCACCUGUUCUGUGCCUAUCACAGCAGCAGCAAUGACCUUCUUUUAAAAGAUAUUAAGAGGUGGCUUGCGGAUUUGAGAGGAAGCCACUUGACCGAGGCCUUAUCUUGGUCCUACAAAAGGAGGUGCAAGACGGGAUACAUUUGGCAAGAGGUAGUGGAUGACGAUCUUGUGAUGCCUACCUCUCGUAAUAAGUAUGUCCUCCAAGGAUGUGAAAAAGUUGCCCUCCCUUCAUCCGAGUCUUGUGCAUACAACGAUGAAGCAUCCGCUGGUAAUAAGGUAUCCAGUUCCAGAGAAGAAAUCAGAGACAAGUACCCGCAUUCCUCGCAGACAGAAUCACCGACAUUCCUACAACAUUAUUUUAUCCUCAGCUCAGACACAUCAACGUUCACCAUCAAAUCAGGGCAUCUUGAGGAUGAUGAGGAGCAUUUUGGUAUGAGUGAACCCGACAACCAUAGUCACUGUCAUACUUCUUUCAAAAACAUGGAGAAAUGUGAGAGAAUCCGAGGAGGGAUGGCUAAAACACCUGUUUCUACCUUGUCAUUCGUUCAACCUCCAUUAACAGAGAGUAAAAGGCGUUUUAGUGGAGCAUCCCACAAGUUCAGGAAUCUAAUUACGUGUGGUGCUACGGAUACGAAUGACGCAGUCUUGGUGAUGAUUGAUCGGGUUGAAAUGAAGAUUAGUUUAAGGCAGGAUUUUAACAUCGAAAGGUCAUCUCAGAUAUGUAGGGUAGAUAGAUUAGGAGGGUCUCGUAGGACCUCAAAUACUUCUUGGAGUACUGGGAAAGGGCGACAGGAACCACAUUGCCAUCCAAGGAAAAGCUUUGAUGGGGUCAAGGGCUGGAAAAGAAGCAAGAAGCAGAAGAAUGCUUGUGAGGGAGACGGAAUUCUGGAUGCUUAUAAGCCCACUUCAAUGCCUAGUUGCUCGCAAUGUGGAAAGCCAUUUAAGCCUGAGAAAAUGCACAAGCAUAUGAAAUCUUGCAAAGGAAAGAGGGUUUUAUCAAGAGAGAGCAAUAGUUAAGGCGCCAUGCUUGCAUUAUGAAAAUGCAACUCUCAGAUCGAGGAUCCAUCUCCAGGCUGCUGCCUACAUUGGCCUUCAGAAGAUCAAUCUAUAUUAUGUUCAACUUGCGUACAAGUCAACUUCAUAGGUGGAUAAUUCGUUGACUAAAAUACUCUCACCUCUAAAUUAAUCCCUUAUACAUGUGAGUAUGAAUCAUCUAAAAUUUCAUUCGACCCAAACGAGACUUUUGACAGGAAUAUAGAGAAUAUUGCAAAGGUUCACAACCUUUUGCAUAAUCAAUGCAAUCUUGUGCUGGCCAAAAAUAUCCACGGUGGCACAACAACCGGUUCAUUUUUAUUUCAGCUUGAUGUACGCCACAUAUUUCUUCAUGUACUUCUGCCAUGGCCAACAUUGAUAUGUUUUUACUUAAGCACAUGAGUU